CCAGGUUCGAUUCCAGAACAUCGCUUGCGGGUGGGUAUUCGAUCUCAGAUUCUGCCCGAUGCAGGCAAAUUACAUGCCUAUGAUGUUGUCAACUGCUAUGAUGUUGUCUGAUGCAAUGCUCCAAAGAACGCCCAGCAGAGAUGCUGUCAACGUAUUUAAAGUGCAGUGACCUGCUACCUGUUCAGAGAUAAACACACUCUCCAACUCUCUACAUCUUGAAUACAUUAUCACCUCCAUUCUCAAGUUUCCCAUUUACUUUCCACAUAAAUCCUCUUAAAAAUGUCCGACAAGAUGCAUUUGGCUGCUCGCGCUGAGCAGGACCUCAACAGCUACCAGGCCAAACAGGGCCUUGGCCCUAAGAGUGACUCCACCCUGGAGUCUGGUGUCAACGAGAUGGUCGACAAGAAGUUCGAGCAACGCACUGACGUUAAGACCGGAAGAGCUGCUGGUGCUACCGGAAGCAACCGCAAGCCUAUUCCCGAGGACGAGGGUGGUACCCGUGACGACCGCGGCCGGCUGGCCCAGGCUGGGGAGUACGAAGGCAAGGGCGGACCCGAGGACAAAGUGAAGAUCCAGUCUGAGCGUCGUCCUGGGGACCAGGACACGCUGAACCUUCAGGAUAUGAAGCGUGAGGGUAUCGCGUCCUAAAAUCUGAUGUAUAAUGUAUUGUAAUGUUUGUUAUGAAGCGCAAGAGAAAGCAUGUUAUGAG